AUGCACAGCGGCGCUUGGCAAGUGAAGAUCAAGUGGCUCGGCUUGGACGAAGCGGAGUCGUCCUGGGAGCCAGCAUUGUCGAUCUAUGCAGACGUGCCGGUGCUGUUUCGUCGUUGUGUCCUCGACAAGAGCGACGAAGAUGGCGUCAGCGAGAUGGUCGAGGACAUCGAGCGUGCAUGUGGCAACUCUGUAGGGGGGAAGUGUUCUCGGCUUGGCCUCGAUGUCGACUGCACGUGCGAAUGUGUGUGCAGCCGAGCAAUGGUCCUGGUUUGCCAGGAUGACAGGAUUAUGUUCCAGGGUCCUAGCGUCCGGAUGCUGUACUGCAUUGAGUGUGUAGUGAGGGGACAUCACUACUGA